AUGUCUGCCAGUCUCAGAGACCGUGGUGACUAUUUAUUGAAAUGCAUUGGCUACAGGGUAAGACGGACAAUCAGUGACGGUUUGUUCUCCAAGGUCAAGGAGGCUGUCUCAGUGACCUACAAAUGCAAAGUAGCAAUCAAAGAGUAUGAUACCAAACGAAUAGACCCAGAGUUUGUUACUAAGUUCUUGCCCCGGGAAACUUCUAUCCUAAGGUCUUUGCAUCACCCUAAUAUUGUUCAUAUCUUUGAGUUAAUCAAAACAAACAACAGUCUACAGUACAUCAUCAUGGAGAUGUGCGAGACAGAUCUCUUGACUGUGGUGCAACAAGAAGAAAGAAUAAAACCGCCAAAUGACAAACGCUUAUUUAGAGAGAUUGCCAGUGCUGUACACUACUUACAUGAGCAUCACCUGGUCCACCGUGACUUAAAAUGUGAAAAUGUGCUUCUUACCAAGAAUGGAAGAGCCAAAAUCACUGACUUCAGCUUCGCGAAAACCUCCCUAGGCCCUACAGACCUUUCUGCUACAUACUGCGGGUCCCUUGCCUAUAGUCCACCUGAGGUAAUUAUGUGUCUUCCAUACGAUGCAAAGAAGUUUGACAUAUGGAGCCUUGGAGUGCUGCUUUUUGUUAUGGUGACUGGUGUUUUUCCUUUUGAUCCAUCAAAUGUUGCAUUAUUGGUUGAGAUGCAAAAAAGGGGGGUAGUAUUCCCAGCGUCUGUGCCCAUAGACAAUGCAUGUAAGACUCUUAUACAACAGAUGCUGGAUUACAACCCUGCAAGCCGACCUGAUACCAGCACUGUGCUGAACAGCCGCUGGUUGUGUGACAUGGAACAGAAAUCAUAA